CAGUUAAGUUGUGAAAGAAGCGAAGAGUAAAAGAUGAGCAGCGAAUCAAGGCCGGUGCCUCGGAGAGAGAGUCCAUGGGGAGUGACCGGAGAGAAUCAUCCUGAACCCAAAGCUCACCGCUGCAACGACCGCGUUGAGGAUGUUAUCCAGGCUUGCUUUGAGGGAAACCCAUUCAAGACUGUUCCAGGACCCUUCAAGCUCUUCUGGCAGUGCAUGCGUUCAAAACCCGGUGAGGAACCAACAGAGCCAUUUACUUAUCUAGAUUUGGAUCCUCCAAAGAGAGAGGCAAAACCUGAGUAGUGCUGAAUGUUGCUUUAUUGGUUUCAAAUUAUCCCUCUAUGUGGAUGGUUUAUAUGAAGAAAAUAUGUAACUAAGUUGUCUUUGUUGCUUAAUUGGCUACAUAAAACAGACGUCCAAUGCCUCUUCGUUCUGCUUUUGGAUGGUACUUGCUCAAUAAAACAUGAUUAGGUGCUUUCUUGAAUAACUUGUUUGAUGUUAUAACACCAUUAAUGAGAGUUCUGCCACUUAAUUACUCUUUUGUUUACGAUAUAUAUGCGUGAUAAAUUCCAAUUCUUACUUCUUGGUCUACUGUCUGUAUGUAAAUUUAAGAUGAUGAAGUAUUCUUCUUUCCUA